AAGGAAGUUAAAAAAAAUGAUACUGCUUUUAUUGAAAACAAAAUUCGGAAAUAUUAUGAUACCAUACCUUCCACUAUUCGCUUUCAUCAAAGAAUUUUAAUAUCACGUGAUUCAACUAACAGUUCUCAUCAAACCUCCACUCCAUCCACUCUAAGACAGUAUGUUGGGUUUAUUGACACUACAACAAUACCACCAAAUGCCAAAUCACAACAUAUUGUAGCUGAAAAGAUCAAUUCAGCUGCAAAAAGCCUAGCUGAAUAUCAACGAAUGAAGGAGAUUGCUACAGAUGACUCAAUGAAAGUUUUAUUAUCAUCUAAGAUAAUUAAAGAACAAAAAAAUAUAUCAAUACAAAAUGCACAGCCAGAAUAUUUCAUUGGAACUUCAUCAACAAUCCAUAUAGUAGAUUUAGAAAGUAUCAUUUCGAAUGAAGAGUUUUCCACUACCCUAAAGAAAGAAGUCAAAGUUAGACCUAUUUGGAUUCUUCUUGUUGAUGGUGGACCCAAUGAAAACUCAAAGCAUAUGAAAAAUAUUAUUCAAUAUGCUCACCUUUUCCAUGCUCUUGAACUGAACUACUUGACGAUUUGUACUCAUACUCCAGAUCAAAGUGCGUAUAAUCUGGUCGAAUGCAGUAUGGCUUCUUUGUUCGCAAAACUUGCUGUUAUCACUCUACCUGUAGGGGAAUUCGGAUCACAUCUAAAUAGUCAAGAGAAAGUAGUAGAUGAAGUGUUAGCACAAUGA